GGAUUUGCGCGAUGGAGGUGGUCCAGGAGGUGUACACGUCGUUCUGCGCCGGCAUCCAGGAUGCGAUCUCGCUGCAUCGAAUCGCGACGCUCUUCUGGAGCUCGCCCAUCAUUCGAAAGUGCUCGGCCAAGUGCCUGGGCCUCAACGGGCUCCUCUUCCUCGGCAGUAUCUUCUUCUUCGAGUUUGUUGUCAUGCCCGUGAUUCACUUGUUUGGUGACGUGCUCACGGCGUCGCUCUCGCAACAUGCGACGGAUAUUGCGUCCGACUACUACCGCGAGCAGAUCGACUUGGUCGUCUUUGUCUUAUACCAGGGCCUGUGGAUGUACCCGAUCUACUGCAUUAGCUUCAUCCUCAACACGAUUUGGUACCAAGACAUUGCCGACGAUGCCUACCUCUUGCACUACGGUCAACCGCGGCCAACCGCCGUGCGGGAAAUGAUCCGCGACGAGCUGUACCGAGCGAUCCUUGUAGCGUUCUUUCUCGGCCAAACGAUGUUGAGCUACUUUGUGCCGGUCGUCGGACCGUUCUUGAGCUUUGUCUACCUCAGCUGGCUCUACGCACUCUACUGUUUCGAGUACAAGUGGUCGCUGCACGGCUGGGGUCUCGAGAAGCGUCUCGCCAUCAUGGAGCAGCACUGGGCUUACUUUGCAGGGUUUGGCUGCCCGUUUACGCUCGCGACGUUUUUCGCACCCAACUUUAUCAGCAAAGGCCUCUUCGCCGUCUUCUUCCCCGUCGUACGCUGCAAGGCCCUGAUUGGUUGCUCAUGGCGACGUAGUUUCUGUUGCUAGCCAUCACAUCGGACCCGCCGACCGGCGAAUCGAUCGGCUCGAUCAAGCUGCCGCUCUUCCGGCAAUCACGCUGGCUCAGCCUACAGCUUCUGCGCCGCGUAAGCCUCUUGUCCGGUAUCAAGCAAACCAAGCGCCCAACGUCUAAGCACCAGUGACGCGACCCAACUUUUAUGAAUGUCUUUGGCGUCAUCUAUCAUCUCCUU